AUGAAAAAACAGGGCCUGAUAUGGUUGAAGGCUUCUGCAUCUGCAACCAUGAUAGGGAGUAUAGGCUCCGUAGCAACAUCAUCAUCGGGUUCAUCUUCAAUUUUUAUUCCAUCGUAUUUGGGACAAGCCAUUACGAGUCGUUCACGAGCUCUUUCCGUAACACAGCAACGAUCGUUUUUAAAGUAUUAUUGUCGUACGGAAAGUUCAGAGUUGGAACGAUUCAAUAAUAUAGGCAGUGUUCAUAAUUACCGAGUUUCAUCAACAUCCAUCACUUGCUCUUCUUCCUCACAAUUCCUCCAUGCCACCAAUACUAACAACACGAACAUGAAUCAAAUAAUUGUUGGCAACAAUAAUAUUCAUCAUUACCAUACUUCACUCAAAGCUUCAAACAAUUCGGAAGGAGGAGAGGCCGGAAAUAAUAAACCUAAAAAAACUCCCAAGAAAAGAAGAGGUGCCGACGACGAUGAAGAGGAACAACAAUUCUAUGUGAGAAAUGCUUAUCCAGAAUUUGAGUUAAAAGCACCAAUGAGUGCAAGAGAAUUGGGACAAAAGUUAGACAUUUCACCUCAUGAAAUUAUCAAACAUCUUCCGAAAGGGUACACCAUGGAAGAUAUCAUUUCAAUGGAAACAAUUGAAAAUAUAUGUCUUGAGCAUUUGAAAUCGAUUCCCAUACGAACCAAGCCAAAAAUAUUAUCUGAUGACGAUUUAAAAGUACUUGAAAGAUUGGAAAACAACUCUCCUCCAUCAGCAAAAGAUCUCCAAAAGAACGAAAAGGAAUACAAAAAAUUGUUUAAGCCAAAAGCACCUGUCGUGACAAUCAUGGGUCACGUCGAUCAUGGUAAAACAACUCUGUUGGACAAGUUGAGAAAUACAAACCUCGUCGAAAAGGAAUUUGGAGGCAUUACACAACACAUUGGUGCCUUCCAAGUCAAGCUGCCCUCCAUCUCGCAACCCAUCACAUUUAUUGACACACCAGGACAUGAAGCAUUCACUUCAAUGAGAGCAUGUGGCGCACAAGUGACUGACAUUAUUGUCUUGGUUGUUGCAGCAGAUGAUGGUGUCAUGCCACAAACUAGAGAAGUGAUCAGACAUGCACGAGAAUGUAACGUCCCAAUGAUUGUUGCAAUCAACAAGAUUGAUAAAUCCAAUGCAGAUAUUGAUAUGGUGGAACGACAUUUAAUGAAUGAGGGAAUUGUUUCAGAGCAGAAAGGUGGAGAUAUUCAAUUUAUUCCUAUUUCAGCGCUCAAAGGAACUGGAGUUAAGGAUCUUAUUGAGGCCAUUGGUCUCCAAGCAGAAAUAUUAGAAUUGAAAUCAAUAUUUGACAAUAUUCCAAUGCAAGGAACAGUCAUUGAAUGCAAAGUUUUGCAAGGUUUUGGUAUCUCAGCUACAUGUAUUGUUCGAAGAGGAAAUCUUAAAACCGGUAAAUGGGUUGUCUCUGGACUCUCCUAUGGAAGAGUAAAGAGUUUGCGAGAUUCAAAUUUGAAAGAAGUGAAGGUUGCAUAUCCAGCUGAUCCUGUGGAAAUUAUUGGUUUUACCAGUAUGCCAAAAGCAGGAGAUAAAGUCAUUGAGGUUGACAACGAAGAAAUGGCAAAACGAAUUGUUGAAUACAGAAUUGAAAUGAUGACUAUUCAAGCAGAAAAUAAGAAAGCCAAAAAGUUUGAAGAGAAUUUGAGAGAAAUAGAAAAGCGAGAAGCUGAAAGACAAAAGGAGCUUGAAAAAAAUCCAGAACUGGCUGAAAAAGAAAAGGCAACAGAGGAAACACAAAAAGAAACGCUCGAAGAAGAUAAGAAGUAUAUUUUACCAAUUAUUUUGAAAACAGAUGUGGUUGGAACGAUCGAUGCAUUUAAUGAAAUUAUAUCUGCAUUCCCUACCGAGAUUGCUCAGAUACAAAUUAUCAAACAAGCAGUAGGUCCAGUCUCUACAGCUGACAUUCAAUUGGCAAAGAUUGUGGAGGGUACUCAAAUUAUUGCCAUGAAUGCUAAAGUUGCACCAAAUAUUGCCAUCGAAGCCAAAACUCAUAAUGUCACAAUUAGCACAUUCAAAGUGAUUUACCAUUUAAUUGAUUUCUUAAAGUCAGAAUUGGUCAAAAUGAUUCCACCAACGUUCGAAGAUGUCGUUUUGGGAGAAGCCAUUUGCAAACAACCAUUUACGUUCACUGACAAGAGCACUUCAGGUAAAAAAACAGUAAUUCCCAUUGCUGGCUGUACUGUGACCAAAGGUUCCAUGUUGGCAAAAGUUGAAAAGGGAGAUUUUUAUCGAGUGUUGCGUGCGGGAUCUGCUCUGAUUGAACGAAGUUCCAUUAAUUCGCUCUUCCACUUUAAAGAUCAGGUCAAGGAGGUAAAGAAGGGCAAUGAUUGUGGUAUUUCAUUGGAAAAUUAUAAGGAAAUUAUGAGUGGUGACAUUAUUCAACUUGUAUCCAAGCAAGAGAAACAAAUGACUUUUGAAGAACUUGUUCAAGAAUCUGAAAAGAGAAAAUUCAAAUUCAGAAAAAACAAAUAG